CGGCUGCGCCUGGCUGGGCGGGCAACGGUGUGUGGACAACGCCUGGAAAGACGCCAUCUGUUUUCCCUUUCAGACGGCCAGCACCGCAGACCCCACACUUCACUCGCAACCUCCCCCUACAACUGCGCGAUACAUUUGGGGGGACGUCAUACUCUUGCUUUGAGCUUGCCUUGACGUGCCCAGGUGAGACAGCGCUCUCGCCAGCUCAAGGUACCGCCGCAAGCCACCAAGCAGGCAGAGAAGGCACCUAUCUCUCUCUCGCUCUCUCUCCUGGCAAGUUGAGAGAUGCAGCAAGCAGCAGCAGCAGCAAACCGUUGGCCAAUUGUCUCUUGCUUCAGACAAUAGGAGGUGUGGGCGAGCCAGGUACAUUUUGUAUGACCUAGGUACAUAUCUGGCUACCACAGCAGCUAUACAGCCAGCCAGCCUGGAGUACUUGUCCAUUGCGGUGUAUUGGCAUUUGUGACUUGGAGCGCCUCGCCCUUCCUUCCUUCACUCCCAUUAGAAAUACAGACACAGUACCCAUUUUCGAAUCUCGAAGAAAUUUGCUCCCCGAACUGAGCAUCCACAACCCUCGAACUCGUCCGACCGAACCGAUCAUUCGCUCCUGCUUCUCCUCGGUCGUGCCCUCCUGCUUCUGUGGGCUACCUGCUGUUCGAUUUCCCACUACAACUUUCCGCUCUUCCAAACUCCCUCGACUCACAGCUUCCUCUCUCCCUCUUUCUCUCUCUCUCUCUCCCUUACAUGCCAUUCGCAUUGUCCGUCACGAUUGGCCAACAAUAAUACGGACUGGGGUUUUCUCCUUUCUUCUUUUUGCUCUCGAGAGCAAACGUAGCCUUCGAGAGCAGCACACAUUCGUCCAAUCGACCUACCUUGACAGCCGCAAGCAAGGGAUACCAGCAGAGCCACAAUGUCGGAACGUGAAUACAACGAUCGAGAGCUCUCGCUCGAUCCUGAGCUGCUCUAUACCCGGGAGUCAUGCAUUGGAGGGGGUAGUUUCGGCAAGGUGUACAAAGGGGUGGACAAGCGUACUGGUCAGGCGGUGGCAAUCAAAAUCAUCGACAUAGAAAGUGCUGAGGAUGAGGUCGACGAUAUCAUCCAGGAGAUUGCCAUCCUGUCGGAGCUUCAGUCGCCCCAUGUGACUAAGUAUUACGGGUCGUAUGCCAAAGGCGCCGAGCUGUGGAUCGUCAUGGAGUUUUGCUCUGGCGGGAGCUGUGCCGACUUGAUGAAGCCCGGCCUUAUUGGGGAGGACUGCAUUGCCAUCAUUGUUCGGGAGCUGCUCAUGGGGUUGGAUUACCUGCAUUCGGACAAGAAGCUUCAUCGAGACAUCAAGGCUGCCAACAUUCUCUUGACGUCUAAUGGACAGGUCAAGCUGGCUGACUUUGGUGUCUCUGGACAACUUUCGGCAACCAUGACCAAGAAGAACACGUUUGUGGGCACGCCUUUCUGGAUGGCACCGGAAGUGAUCAAGCAAAGUGGCUAUGAUCACAAGGCUGACAUCUGGUCCUUGGGCAUCACCGCCCUGGAGCUUGCCAAUGGCGAGCCUCCCUAUGCCGACAUUCAUCCCAUGAAAGUUCUGUUUUUGAUACCCAAGAAUCCUCCACCCAGGCUUGACGGGGCACAGUUCAGCAAGGCCUUCAAAGACUUCAUUGAGGUGGUGUUGCAGCGAGAUCCCAAGGAUCGACCUUCAGCAAAGGAACUGCUCAAGCAUCCGUUUAUCAGACGCGCGAAAAAGACCAGCUACCUGACGGAGCUCAUUGAGCGAUACCAGCGCUGGGCCGCGACGCACGAGCCUGAGAAGGACGAUGUGGACGACGAGCCGGAGACUCAAUACGAGAAUCAGUCCCGCACCGACGAUGACAUGUGGGAUUUUGGGACGGUACGACUGGUUAAUGAGCGUGGUCACCUGAUCCAUAGGCCGGGCAUGUUGAACGCCAUGGGCGAGUCGGCAACCAAUGCCAGGUCUACGAGGACACGGGAGAACUCUGACGACUAUGGCGAGCGGCGGAGGGAGGCGAGUCCUGCGAAGUUGACUCUGGAUACUAAGGAUACCCUGAAGGCAGUCACUGGGGCUGGCAAUUCUAGGCAGAUGUCACCUCAGCGAAAACCCGUCGGUGCUUCUUCGCCAACCAAGGGCAGGUAUUCUAGGGAGAACUCGCCCGAGAAGCCACUUGCCGACCUCAACGACACUCCUCGCGCUUCCUAUACCUCCAAACCGGUGCCUCGACCACCUGGCCCGGGCUCUCCCGAAUACGAACGGGCACUCGCGCAGCAGAUCCAGCAGGAAAUGGGUGCUCUGCAGUUGGGGCCUGGUGGAUAUUCUCGAGGACCAUCUCUGAGGUCUCACACGUCGUCGACUCGAGCAUCGCCGAUGAAGCUGCCAGAGAUUCCGCCAUACCGGGGAUCACAGCAGCAACAAUCACAAGUGCCUCUCCAAAAGAUUACGAACCAGCCCGCUCCGAUGAUGUAUCCCGACAAUGGUCCCUACAGCUAUCAGCAACAGCAGCAGGUCCAACAACAUUAUCAAAGAUAUGGCGCGCAGGUUCCUGCCCAUCAGCCAAGCUCGCCGCUGAUCUCGAAGGAACUGCCUCGUAAUCGCGAGCCUGUCGAUCCGGGUUCGCUGACGCCAACCUCGUUCCCGUCGCCAGCGCCAGCGAACCCGAAUGGAGACUUGGACGCGCUCAACGACGUGAUUUUCCCGGCGCUCGAGGAGGCGCUCAAGAGGCGGCAGAUUAGCCUGCAGCAGCUCUUUAGGCCAGAGCCGGGCAAGCCUUUUCCGCCGGUGACGCCGAGCCAGCAGCGGGCCGAGGCGACGCACGAGAGGAUCCGGAAGCUGGUGUACAAGCUUGCGCAUGUGUGCAAGGAGAUUGACCACCACGACAAGCAAGAGCCUGUGGGUAUGGGCAAGGAGGUGCCAACCUUUCUGGAGGGUCUGCUUGAGGAGAUCUUGGUGAGGGUUGAGCCGCUUGAUGAGGAGGAGGCUCAAAGAUGAGCGACAACACAACACAUUGACAAGGAACAUCUACUUCAAGAUGUUGCUCAACCAGCUCUUGUGAAGAUAUUGGGGGAUUUCUUUUUGCGACAAGCAUCAAUGCAGACAUUUUGGGGUCGACCACUCGGCAUAUCCAGCAUUAGCAGUUGCGAUCUUUGAUCAUCACGGCCAUUGAGAAGAGCACUACCUACACCACCACAACAAACGGACGGGGGAAAUUGCGAUUACACUAUGUGAGGAGGACGGAGACGGAAAAAGCAAGCAAGCAUCCGACUUGCUCGAGGGCAUGAAACGACUAAGCGGCUUUGUAUUUCUCUUUUUGUUUGGUGGAGUCGCUACAUGGCACAGGCACAUACAUGGUAUUAGCGGAGGAAGGCAGGCAAAAACCAUGGGUAUAUAGAGGUAUGGGAGGGGAGAUGGCAUGGAGUGGAAAAGAUGAAGGAACUUGAGAGAGAGAGGAGGCAAACGUUUUUACAUUUUCUACAAUACCAAUUUGUUGCUGAUUUUGGGGGGGCGCAGGCAUGGAGGCAUGGCGUAGUAUAGCAUAGCAGAGGUAUUAAAUUUGAGGGUUUUGGGCCGUGGGCUCUCUGUGUUGGUGAUUCUCUGGGGCAUGCUUCUGUGAAGAUGUGAUGUGGUGGUGAUGAUGUUGGAGAGAUCGAUAUUUUGCUGCGUGAAAACACGCUUGCGGUACUUGGUAGUGGUGUCUCUAAUGGUUGGGUAAGGUACCUUAUAUAUGUUAGGUAGUUGAAAAGUGAGGAUGGCUGAUAGCUCAGGUACUAAGGGAAUGAAGAUGGUCUUCCGCGUUGGAAGGAGAUUUGAGGAUGGGGACGACAAACUACCAAACACUGGCUCGUCCGUUUUUAAAGGAUGGGAUGGAGGCAAUUGUAUUAUUGACCUUUUUGAUUUUGGGCGUGGAGAUGGUGUGUACCUGGGAUAUCUGGUGUUUGAAAUCUGCUUGAGGGUAUAGGAC